AUGUGUCUGGACCGUAAGCCUUUCAUCACUGUGCUGAAGCUCAUCUCCAUUGUGAUCUUGGCUGCUCUCAUCAUAGCAGUCAUUGUCAAAGGCACCGAGUUUCUUACAUCCCAAGAUCAUGAUCAGAAAAAGCAAUACAUUCACCAGGUGAAGGCUGGACUAAACUCCCUGUGCCGCCCUUGCCCCUGGCCGUCCUCACACGGGGACUGGAAGCUCGACAGUGGAAACUGUUACUUCUUCUCCAAAUAUAAAAAGAACUGGGUGGAAUUUGUCAACACCUGCAAGUACAUGGGGGCACAACCAGUGGUCAUAAAAAGUAAUGAGGAGCAGGAACUGGUGAAGCUCACUCAGUACCUCAAGGAGAUGGCCAAGCUUGAGGACUUCCUGGAGCUGAAUCACAAGUACUGGAAACGAUUCCUUACCGUAGCUCUUGUGGUGACCAUUACCACUUCUCUUUUACUCUUCCAGGUUGACGGGUAUCCGGGCCAUGAGCUAUUCAUCAGUGUUCUGAAGUUCACCUCCAUUGUGAUCUUGACUGCUCUCCUCAUAGCUAUCCUUGUCAAAGAACGCCUGUGCCGCCCUUGCCCCUGGAUGCCCUUCGGAAGAGACCGGAGCUUGUUCCAAAGAAACUGUUAUUUCUUCUCCAAAUACAAAAGGAAUUGGACAGAAUCUGUCAAGGCCUGCAAGUACAUAGGGGCACAACUAUUGGUCAUAAAAAGUAAUGAGGAGCAGAGCUUCCUCAAUGGGACUUCUAAGAAGAAAGGCAAUUCCUGGAUGGGUCUGUCAUACAAUAACAAGGAAAGCAAGUGGCAGUGGGUGGAUGGCUCACCGCUGCAAGGGAGGUAAUACAG